AUCGAGAAUCAACAAUGAACAAAAUUGACGAUCUCCUAGAGCAGCUGCAGAGGCAGGAAAACGAUCUCAAACAAUUUCAUCUCAAGGAGCCGGCCUCUACGCCCGAGGAGCAAUUAUGCCAAUGGGAGUUGGACAAAGCUCAGAUUAGCCAUUACAAUAGCUUACGCAAUGGCAUUCUGACGAAUAUAGAGCAGGAGAUAACUAACAUGGGCAUUGCCCGAUUGCGUAACCAGGUGAACGGAUUCAAUCGCAGUCUGGCCAGGAUGAACGAGAUCAACAACUGCUCCAUUUGUAAAAAGAUCUGCAAGCCAGAUGACAUGCACUACCUGGUAUCACUGCGAUGUGGACACCUCUUCGGGAGCCUUUGCAUCUACUCUGCCAUCCGGGAUUACUUCCAGUGCCCCGUUUGUCGACGGUCAGCUUAUCCCUCCCAUGUCCGCCGAGUCUAUCUAUAAAGUUUAUUGCUUUUUAAAUUUUGUUAAAUACAAAAUAAAUUUUAUGA